UACGAUACUUGUGAGAAUUUUUCUUUUCCUCCUGUUCUGUUCUCCUUUUCGACUUCUAAACUUCAUUCCUUUCCUCUUCCCGGUCGAGGGCCCGCCAGCAUGUAUUUCUCAUUGACUGAUAACAUGGAGUGGAAGACCACAGGCACCUUCUGUAUCUACUCUGAAUACAUCCUCACUUUGCAGAUCCCAACGCACCCUUCUUCUAUCCUAGUCCCCUUGGCCCCCUUGUGAUCUCCGUCAGCUCCUCCAAGAUGGCCGACGAAGAUUUCGAGAUCGAUGUCUACGGUGACGUGAAUGCCGAGACCGAAGAGUCGAAGGCCGAGGACUCGAAUGCUCAGGCGUACGAGAACAACUCGUCGAUAACAAUUGCCAACGGAUCCAACAACCCGGAUUCGACCACUCACUUCAACAACAAUAACAACAACGACGACUAUAACGCCAGCGACCAAAAUAACAUGGAGGUCCAUAACAGCGGCAACUCAGCCCCCUCCCAGUCAUAUCAACAAGGCGUCAAGCGCAAGGAAGGGUCCGAUGACCGACCUAUCGACCCUGGCGCCACAACUGCUCUGCUCCUCUCGGAAUUGCAAUGGUGGACUACAGAUGAUCACAUCCGGGGAUGGAUCCGACGGGCCUCGUGCGAGGAGGAGUUGAAAGACAUUACGUUUAGUGAACACAAGGUCAACGGGAAGAGCAAAGGCCAAGCCUACGUGGAAUUUACCUCUCAACAGGCGGCCACCGCCGCCAAACGCCAAGUAGAGGCGAUCGCGACCGAGUCGACUCAACCAGGUGGCAAGAAAGUGACGGUUAUCUACUCCUCACCUACCACCAAUCCAUUCAAGACCCUACCCAAGGACGCGCCAGCCCGAGCGAAUAAAGAUGCAGCGAACCGAGGCGGCUCCAACAUGGGAGGCUACAACGACCGCGGAAACUUCAGAGGUCGCGGCGGUUUCAACGGACCCCGCGGAGGCUUUAACCGCAACUUCUCGGGCAACAUGGGAGGAGGAGGCUUUCACGGCAACGUGCCCAGUGGGUUCAAUAAUAACAUGGGCGGUGGGAACUUUGGCUUUAACAACAUGGGAGGCGGUGGCGGCGGUGGAGGCGGGAACUUUGGUUUCCGUGGCGGCAUGAUGCCCGGAGGCAUGGGCGGAGGUAUGCGCGGAGGAGCGAUGCGUGGCGGUCGGGGCGGCAUGAACCCUGGAAUGAAUGCUAACAUGGGUCAAGCUAUGGGCAACGGCAUGAUGGGAGGAAUGGGCGCGAUGGGAAUGCCUAUGAUGGGCUUCCAGCAGCCGCCGCACUUCAACCCCGCCUUCUUUGGCGGAAAUCAGCAGUCCGACUGGCAAAAUCCCCACGGCGCUAAACGGCCCAGAGGCGAAUGAGUCGUCGAUCGGUACGAUUCGUGUCUGGCCCCACAUUGUGGCUAUCUCCCAUCUGAUGAAAGGGGUAAAAGAGGAUAUCGGUACGGCAUCGCUGCAGGGGUUUGAGGAUUCGAAGGUUAUAAUCAAGGGUGGGCGUCGUAAUUGCAGACCGGGCCAUCUCUCACUACUACACGCCGAGGGAUUAGAGGCUGGUGUUAUCUGUACAAAAACUAAAUGGAUUUUUUC